AUGUCAUCACUAGAAGAACCGCCCUUCUUCAACACCAGUCCUUCCGAAUUGACUAAAUCAGCCUCGGACUUGAUCGAUCGCGUCAACAAAGCCACCAACGACCUUGUGCGAUCUGUAUCACCGGAAAUAGCAUCGUUCGAUAAUACGAUCAUCCCAUUCGCAAAUAUCGAAAAUGAAAUCAAGGGAAAAGUGCAAUACAUGGCUCUUUUCCAAGCCGUAUCUCCCAAUCCGGAGAUACGCAAGGCGUCUUCGAAUGCUGUCAGCAUAGUUGAUAAAGCCUACCUUGGCCUAUUUCGAGACCGAUCAUUAUUUGCGCUAGUCCACGCGGUACAAAAUACAUGUCCACAAGAUAGCAUCGAUGCUGAAGACCGGAAGUAUCUCAAAAACCUCCACUCCUUGUUUUGGGAUAACGGGAUUGGCCUAGAAGGCAGUGCCAAUGAGCGAUUCAAUGAGAUUUCAAAUAAAUUGGUGGAGCUACAAGUCGCAUUCAUGGAGAAUCUUGGCUCAGAUCCCGGUCAUGCCUCGAAGACUAGGGAUGAGCUUGUCGGUCUGGCGGCGAAAGAACUGGACAAUUUAUCGGAUGGGAUUCCGUUGAAGAAAUCACAAAUCAACAUGGUGCUCUCGCGUUGUCAGAACAGUGAUACUCGCAAGGAGAUCUUUCUUCGAGGCCAAAAUACGUUCCCCGAGAACGCCAAUCUACUAAAAGAAACCGUCAUCCUUCGAGAUGAAGCAGCCAGGUUACUUGGCUUCAGUUCAUUUGCAGCACAAAAAGGAGGCAACAAGAUGCUCAGUUCUCCUGAAUUGAUUCACCGGAUACUCGACGAACUUGCAGAUCACUUGCGUCCGAUCGCACAGAGAGAGCUGGAAAGAAUGAAACACUUGAGGGAGGGCUAUGAUGAUUCUUUCUAUCUGUGGGACUUUGAUUACUACCAUGAUCUUCUCCUACGAGAGCAAUACAAUGUCGACCAUGAGUUGAUAUCGGAAUACUUCCCGGCUUUGUUUACGGUCGGGAAAAUGCUCACCGUUUUCGAAGGUAUAUUUGGUUUAUUAAUCAAAGAGAUUAAAGAUAUACCCCAGAAGAGAGUUUGGCAUCCGGAAGUUCAAGUCUUCCGUGCUCAAUGUGCAGAGACAUUGCGGCUUCUAGGAUUUCUCUACGUGGACAUCUUCCCCCGAGCAGGAAAAUACAGUCAUGCAGCCAAUUUCAAUAUCUAUCCAUCCUAUAAGCCUGCACAAGGAGAGAAGCCACCUGUUGUAUGUACUGCUCUAGUAUGCAAUUUAUCCCAGCCGUCCCCGGGAAAGCCGGUGCUUCUGAAGCAUCGGGAGGUCAUCACUUUGUUUCAUGAGCUUGGUCACGGGAUACAUGAUCUUCUGGGAAGGUCCAAAUAUGCAACAUUCCACGGUCAUCGAACGGUUUCAGACUUCAGAGAGGCACCAAGUCAGCUCCUUGAAUACUGGUGCUGGGUCCCUGAAUGCCUUCAAAUGCUGAGCUGCCACUAUAGUGACUUAUCUUUGAGUAGCAACGAAUUGACAUCACCAAAGGAGGUUUCUUCCCUUCCGGGUCAUCUUGUUCGGAGUCUUUCUGCAGCGAAAGAAGUUAAUCAAGCCAUCUCUACACUAAGACAAAUUGCAUUCAGCAAGUUUGAUAUGCAAAUACACCACCCAGAAUCCCAUGGAGAGAUUCUUUCAAUGAACCUGGAUGAAAUAUUCAACUCUUUACUGCAGCAAACAACGCUUUUGAGUGGGCCUGAAGACAAUUUGAAAUGGGGAAAUGGAUUUGCAACUAUACCCCAUUUCAUGUGGGGACAAGAGGCAAACUACUACUCCUACGUAUAUACGCGUAUGCUCGCAGCUGAUAUGUGGCAUUCAGCGUUCGCGAGGAAUCCGAUGAGUCGAGAGACCGGACUGAAAUACCGAGAGCUAAUUCUAGAGCUUGGUGGAACAGGAAAUGAAAUGGAUGCCGUGAAGAAAUUUCUGAGAAAGGAGCCUACAGCAGAAACAUACUUGCGAGAUCUAACUCUAAAGACUCCAAGCGUUAUUCUGAUCAUUAUUGCCAUUUGUUUUGGGUAUCUGCGACACUUUCUCUCGGAACCCCCUGGGCUACGCAGAUACGGUUCAAUCCAAGGCAUCCAAGCAACGGGGGCCACUGCCACGGUGUUUCACUGCCAACUUCCGAAUAGCAGUUCAUAUGCCGUGGAGACCUUUCUGAAAAGGGCAAAUGGGGUAUCUGAGGACGAAUACUUGGCUAGCGUGCGCCACGAAUGGAACAUUGCCUCUAUUCUGAGUCACCCCAAUGUUUUGCCAAUACUGGAUAUUUUCACUGAUAAGGGAUCUUGGCACACGGCGAUGCCAUUCAUACCGAUCACAUUAUUUGAUCGAACAUUGGGAAACGGAGCCGCUUUGACUAUAAGCGAAGGAAAUUGUAUGGAGGGAGUGGCGUACAUGCACCAGCAAGGGGUUGCCCACUUGGACUUGAAACCCAAUAACAUUCUUCUUGAUGGCGACCUCGUAAAAUGA